AUGGUGAAUGAAGAUUUAGAAAUAAUGGAAGCUAAUAUCAAAAUUUCAUUGGAAGGUCCGUAUCCAGAGAUUUUCUUCUCAGACCGGGUGCCAGAAAUACUAGAUAAAAGUAUGGAUUUAACAGUAGUAGUUAGGCUUUUGGGACGAACAAUAGGGUACAAAGCCCUCCUUAACAGAAUACAGACUCUUUGGAAACUUGUUAGAUCAUUUCAGGUGAUCGACAUAGACAAUGAUUAUUACUUGAGUCGAGACUUCUCUACGAACAAGCAACAUCCCUCAAAGAUAGUGGUGUGGAUGAGAAUGUCGGGGCUCCCGUAUAGGUAUUAUAACAAGAAACUGUUGAGAAUAAUAGCAAGGACAUUGGAGAAGGUGGUAAAGGUGAACUAUAACACAACAAAAUCAAGGAGAGAGAAGUUUGCACGGUUUGCGAUUGUGGUAGAUCUGAUGAAACCGCUAAAGGCUUUUGUUGGAAUCAACAAUGUCCCUUUUUGCUUUCAGUGUGAGGGGCUUCCUUUAAUCUGUUAUAAGUACGGUUGUUAUGGACACCUUCAAGAGCGUUGUCCAUCGGAAAGAAACGAACCGGAGGAGGCCCGACCUGCGGGCAGUGCAUCCAGAUCAUCACCGCCAUCGAUAGAGAGGAUAAUGGCUGGCCAGAAAUGCUUUGGUCUGUGGACGCAAGCUCCUGGCUGGAAACAAUGA